CAUCUCGUGAAGUUUCUUGUUUGACACAUCUCCAGGAUCUCAUUUGCCAGUGCCCUUUCGGCAGGAAAUCACAGGGGCUGUCAUCCAGCAUCCUGAUAAGCCUCAGGCAGUCACCGAAGUUCACUCCUGCUAUGACAGACAUCUUGCCAUCCAGAGGGGAGAGAAACAUUCUCCACUACCUGCCAAUCUCAGGAAAGCUCUUCCUUUUCUAUUUUCUGCUUCCAGCAAGAAGAAUGGUGCUCAGGAAUACCAGUGGAGGGUUUCUGAGCAUCGAUCCCACCGCCCCGGCCUGGGAGGGCACACUCACACCAGUGAAUGGAAGUGACGAGGACCAUCCUCCAAGUGACAACGUGGAAAUCCUGAUCGUGACUUUGCUGACCUUCACCUUUGCCCUGGGCGGGCUGGUGGGAAACGUGACCGUGCUCUGGCUUCUGGGCUGCCGCAUGCAGAGGAACGCUUUCUCCGUCUACAUCCUCAACCUGGCAGGAGCUGACUUCCUCUUCCUCUCCUCCCAGGUUGUAUAUGCCCUGGAGGUGCUCAUCAACUUCCAUUCGGUGUACUUUUCCAUCCCCAGAUUUUUCACCACCAUGUGGACCUUUGCCUACAUCGCGAGCGUGAGCCUUCUCAGCGCCAUCAGCACCGAGCGCUGCCUGUCGGUCCUUUGUCCCAUCUGGUACCGCUGCCACCGCCCAAGACACACGUCAACUGUGACGUGUGGCCUGCUCUGGGCCCUCUCCCUGCUGCUGAGCAUCCUGGAAGGGAAAUACUGUGGCUUCCUGUUUAGGGAUUUUGACCCUGGGUUGUGUCUGGCGUUUGAUUUCGUCGCGGCCGCCUGGCUGAUUUUCUUAUUUGUGCUUCUCUCUGGGUCCAGCCUGGCCCUGCUGACCAGACUGCUGUGGGGCUCCCAGCGGAUGCAGCUGACCAGGGUGUAUGUGACUGUGGGGCUCACAGUGCUGGCCUUCCUCUUCUGCGGACUGCCCUACGGCAUUCACUGGUUCCUCAUAUUCUGGAUUCAGCAGGGUUUUGAUGCGUCCCUCUGGCACCUUUAUCUGGCUGCGCUCACCCUGUCCUGUGUCAACAGCUGUGCCAACCCCAUCAUUUACUUCUUUGUUGGCUCCUUCAGGCAGCGGUGGCCCCGGCAGCGGAAGACCCUCAGGAUGGUUCUCCAGAGGGCCCUGCAGGACGCAUCCGGAGGGGAUGAAAGCGAAGUCAGCCUGCCUCAGGAAACUCUGGCGAUGUCGGGAAACAGUCUGGCGCCCUGAUUCGGCGUCUGCCUCAGUCAGACAAAUGUGGCUUUGAGAACCAACUUUGUCCCUAUCGGUUUGGGAGGUUUUCUUCACUUCUCUCAGCCUCGGCGCCCCUGACCUUCAAACCCUAAAGUUGUAAGAUAAACCUUACGGUUAAGAUAAUAUCCUCCCUCGUGAGGACUGUGACGGUACCUGUGAAACAAACACUGAGUGUCGCACCUCAGGGACUGCCUUCCCCAAGGCCUUCGCUCCACCCCAAACUCUACCAACUCUGGGGUCCGCUUUAGGAGAACCCCACCUUCAGCACAGGCUGAAAGCAGCGCAGGACGGUCUAAAUUCGUUUGGUCGCUGCACUUGGGAGGGACUGGAAGAACAUUCCAUGGCAAGUUUCUGUGGUCACCCUCCUGCAUCCUGUCUCCAUAAAAUUGAAAGAAUUAAAGAGCAGACUAGCCUCCGAGAGCAGUCUUCUUUGAUUUUGGUAGGGCCUAGAAUAUGUCCCUACCUUGAUGUUUAUUGAAUCCAAGACUUAAUGAACGAAUAAAUGACGAAUUUUUAAACCAA